GGAGCAGGUGCCCUUGAAAUUAUUCAUGCGGAUAUCGAAGCCCUUGUGAAAUUUAGAACGUUGAAUAAGGAGAACAUAGAGGAUUCUAAUGAAUUGGAUUGGAAUAGACUCCCUUUGCCACUUUCUUCCUCCUAGUUAUUCAUGUGAUUCGAGGAUUUCGCUUCCGCCCUUUCCUUUAAGUAUGGAAUUUUCCCCGCAAGACUGAUGCAUGAAAUCUACUGCUUCAGUGAUCGUUUGCCACCAUGGCCAGAAGAGCUUUAAAACUUGCAUCAUUUGCCAGUGUAGCAGGGGCCACUGCUGGUUUCUACCUGCACAGCAACAAGCAUCUGGAUCCCAAUGAUUUUGGAGUUGUUCGAGUAGGCAGAGCUGUUGCCACAACAGCAGUGAUUACCUUAGACUACCUCACUUCUCUCCGGAAUUUUUCACGUGGGACAGAAGAGUAUGACUGUGUCAAAUCACAGGUGCAUCUGCGUUCUGCAGAACGUCUCCGAGAUUUAUGCUGUGCCAACCGAGGCACCUUCAUCAAAGUAGGACAGCAUCUGGGGGCUCUUGAUUAUCUCUUGCCUGAGGAAUACACCCGCACCCUCAAGAUUUUGCACAGCCAAGCUCCUCAGAGCAGCAGGCAGGAGAUAGAGCAAGUGAUCCAGGAGGACCUAGGCAAAGGGAUCAAUGAGUUGUUUGCCAGUUUUGAAGAUGUUCCAUUGGGGGCAGCAUCCCUGGCCCAAGUCCAUAAGGCUGUGCUACAUGAUGGGAGGACAGUUGCUGUGAAGGUUCAGCACCCUAAGGUCCAAGCACAGAGUUCUAAGGAUAUUCUACUGAUGGAGAUCCUCAUCUUGGUUGUGAAGCAAAUCUUCCCAGACUUUGAGUUCAUGUGGUUAGUGGAAGAAGCUAAGAAGAACUUGCCUCUUGAACUUGAUUUCCUUAAUGAGGGAAAGAAUGCUGAGAAGGUAGCCUACAUGCUCAGAUGCUUUGACUUCCUAAAGGUUCCAAAAAUUUAUUGGGAGCUUUCAACAAGACGUGUUCUUUUCAUGGAGUUCAUGGAAGGUGGGCAAGUGAAUGACAAGGACUACAUGGAGAGAAACUGCAUCAAUGUCAGUGAGAUCUCUCGCAACCUAGGAAAGAUAUACAGUGAAAUGAUCUUUGUGAAUGGCUUCGUGCACUGUGACCCACAUCCUGGCAAUGUCUUGGUGAGGAAGUGUCGAGCUACAGGCAAGUCAAACAUUAUACUUCUGGACCAUGGACUCUAUCAGGUCCUGACGGACAGCUUCCGCUUGGAUUACUGCCGACUUUGGCAGGCCUUGAUCAAGGCAGAUAUGAAGAAGAUAAAAAAGUAUAGCCAGCGCCUGGGAGCAGGUGACCUGUACCCCCUGUUUGCUUGCAUGCUUACUGCACGUUCCUGGGAAUCAGUCAACAGAGGCAUUGAUCGUUUGCCUGUCACAACUAAAGAGGAUGUGGAAAUCCGGACCAAUGCUGCUACUUACUUACCUCAAAUCACUAAGCUUCUCAGCAAUGUUCCUCGUCAGAUGCUGCUGCUGCUGAAGACCAAUGAUUUGCUAAGGGGGAUUGAAUCUGCCCUGCAGACACGGGCUAAUGCCAGCUCCUUCCUCAAUAUGUCUCGUUGUUGCAUACGAGCUGUUUCUGUGUAUCAAAGAAGGAAGAGUAACUCCCUGUUCAGAAAGGCCCAGAUAUCCCUUUCUGAGGCCCUGAGCCUGUGGUAUAUCAACCUGCAUGAACUCUUCCUAUGGCUGAAAGUGUCCCAGCUGGGAAACUGGGUCAUUGCUUUCUUGAGUUGGAUGCACUGUUCUAAAUAGCAUGAAUUCGCGAAGCUGGGCUUGGUUUUGUCUUGCCUUUCCCAAUGGUGGCAUUCUGUUCUUAUUUAUUUUUCCACUAGAGUUUUUGGUGUUUUUUCAUGUAUACAUGGUGCUAUAGAUUCACUGUAUUUUGCAGGGUCACAGCUGGAAAAGUGGGAAGUGCAAAACAGCAGCUAGAACAAAAGGAAGCCAGAAACGUGCAUUUCCAAAUAUAGUGCAGGGAAGUGGUAAGUCUUUGGAAGUCCUCCUGGUGAAAUCUAAACAACCCAAAUUAAUUUUAUAGGGCCAUAUUUUUUUUUAAAAAAAAGACAAUUAAGAAAACCUAAUCCUGCAAUUAAAUUAUGAAAUGCAACUUUAAAAUUUGCAAAGACCAGUGAGCUUUUAGUAGUACUUUAUGGUCACCUUCCCCAAACUACUACCUUUUAGACGUUUUAGACUAUAACUGCAGUUGGCCAGUAGUCAAGUAUUAGUUGUAGUUCAAACCAUGUUGAAGAUAUCAAGUUGGGUAAGGGUUUCUUGAGCUAGUAUACUACAUGAUAGCUAUAUUAAUACAUUUUCACCUCUCCUGGAAGGUGCUAAAAUGAAAUGGAAAUCACAUGGACAAGGGACUAUAAGGCAGGAUAAUGAACGGGUAUCUGUUUUGGGAAGGAAAGCCUAGGAUUGAAGAUCUGUUUUCACAACUGGUUUUUAGAUUGUGAGUUUGGGUCAUCUUUUGUAUGUUCCCUUUGUCAUAAUCACAGAAAUGUGAGAUUCUUUUGAAAUGUUCAGAAUGAAGACAAUGUUAAAUAGCAACUAAUUGUUUCAGAAUUAAUUUACAAGUCAAAUGCUGAUUAUGGGUGUGUAUCUCACUCAUUUCUUACAGGGAAUCCAAAUAAUACCCCUCCCAAAUAAUC